CCCCAACAGUCAUCUACCAUGCAAAUAGGCUUUUAUUUUUAUUGUUUAGAAUGUGUUUGCGAAGGCCCAAUCCGAAACCAAUCAUCCCUCGUUUGGUUUUAAUUAAUAGGCUUUUCCAGAUGGUACUGAUGCUGUUCGUUGAAUUGAAUCCGCGAAAGUGAGGAUUGGAGAUACGACUGACGGAGACGACAUAAAAAUUAUGACAGACGCUUGCAUAAGAGCCGUUGUGGAAUCUAUCCACUCUUCUCCCACACAGGCCGUCCUCUAUCUCUCCGGCGGCGCCUCUCUCCAGGCCUUGGGGUUGUUGAUGUCAGUUCCUGGAGCUUCAAAUACGGUGCUGGAAGCUGUUUUGCCAUACUCCAGAAUGUCCAUGAUCCAAUUACUCGCUAAGAUUCCUGCCAAGUAUUGUAGUCAACAAACUGCCGAUGAAAUGGCUUUGCUCGCUUACAAUCGCGCGCUGAAGCUUUCUUCUCCAGGUUCUCCAGUUCUUGGUGUGGGGUUUACUGGUUCUUUGGCUACCACCCGUCCGAAACAGGGAGACCAUAGGUUUCACUUGUCAACAAGAACCUCUGAUCGACAUUGGGCAUCCACAGUUACUCUAUCAAAGGGCUUGAGGAGUCGAGAUCAAGAAGAGAAGGUUUCAAGUUACUUCCUACUGAAGGCGAUCGCUAAUGCCUGCAAAGUCUCUUCAACGUUUGAUUCAGAGUUGACUGAAUCUGAUGUUGUUGCAGAUGAAUGUGAAAGGUUCUUUGAUGAAGAUAAGGAGUUAGAGCAACUUAUAAAUGGGCAAAUUUGCUUUAAGGUUUAUCCGUUUUCAAGUGAUAAGUCAAAUGGUGAUAGGAAGAUUAUACUCCCUGGAUCCUUUAAUCCAUUACAUGAUGGUCACCUCAAGCUCUUGGAAGCUGCCACUAGCAUUUGUGGCGAUGGGUAUCCGUGCUUUGAAUUAUCUGCAAUUAAUGCUGACAAACCUCCAUUGUCAAUACCACAAAUCAAAGAGCGUGUUAUGCAGUUCGAAAAAAUUGGAAAGACAGUAAUAAUUUCUAAUCAGCCUUAUUUCUAUAAGAAAGCUGAACUUUUUCCGGGUAGUGCUUUUGUAAUUGGUGCUGACACUGCAGUGAGGCUUAUCAAUCCUAAAUACUAUGAUGGGAGCUAUGAUAGGAUGAUAGAGACACUCUCUGGAUGCAAAAGAACAGGAUGCACCUUCAUUGUGGCUGGUCGGAAAGUUGAUGGUACUUUUAAGGUUCUUGAGGAUUUUGAUGUUCCUGAAGUGUUGAAAGAUAUGUUUGUCCCAAUACCAGCUGAAAGGUUCCGCAUGGAUAUAUCCUCAACUGAAAUAAGGAGAAGCUGUGGACUGUAGCAGCUUUUUAUUUUAUUUUAGGACUCAAUAAGCAUGUCAUGAAUCUAUAAUUUCUUGUUAUUCUUGUAAUAUGUGUUGCCCAUUUCAGUUUAUAUUAAAGCUUUGGUGAAUAUUGGACAUGACAGUAGAUAUUCGUUAUCAAAUGCAUUCAUGACUCUCUCAAUUCAGUUUGUCAAAA